AUGGCGGCCAACGCGUGGGGCGGCCAAACGACGACGGAUUUGAGGGGAAAGGAAAGGGGAACGGGGAGAGGAGCUCACAUCGAGCAUGUAGGUGAGCAAAGCGGGCUCGGGGAGGCUCCGGUGAGGCCGAAUCGAAGACGGCGAGCGGCGGGGCAGAGGUUGAAGGCGAGCUCGACAUGGGGACGGCUCCACGGCUUCCCUCCGGUGGUGUGGGCGAUGAAGACGAAGAUGCCGGGCGUCCUGGACGUGAUGGCGCAGCACGGGGUGAGAUACCCCACCACAGCCCAAACCCUAGCUCACAUCACACCCACCGCCAUCUUCCCCCAUCGCACCCCUCCUCCGGAUCUCCUCGCCGCCGCCGCCACCUCCCGAUCCAAUCUCUCCCCGCCGCCUCCCGAUCCUUCCGCCGCCGCUCCGUCCUCCCCUUCCUUCCGCCCUCCAUCUCUCCCCUCGCCUCCGCCACCCGACGGCCAUGGCGCGCCUCUUCCUCAUCCCAGAUCAGAUCCAGCGCCCCCAACCGCAUCCAUCCGUCAGAGGCGCUGGAGGCGCACUGUGCGGUUCUACUGGGCGGCGACCCGACGGCGUCCGGCGCAUCACGCGCCGAACCAUCUGUGCGGUUCUACUGGGCGGCGACCCGACGGCGUCCGGCGCGCUGCUCACCCGUCGGCCUCCAACGCCGACCAGGCGGCCGCUGAGUCCACCACGCCCACCCAGCCGCAGCCGGAAGAGCAGGAGGACGGGAUGAGCUCCGGGACGGGGAAUGUGGUGUGCGUCACCGGCGCGUCGGUCUACAUCGUGUCCUGGCUCGUCAAGUUCCUCCUCCAGUGUGGCUACACCAUCCGCGCCACCGUCAGGUACACUAGUACGGAGGGCGAGCUGGAGGAGCUUGAGAAGGGUGUGGAGCCUGCGUGGGAGCGCUUGGUCCACCCGCUCGAGCGCAUCGUCGACAGGCUGAACGUCGUUGACCACAUCAAGGCCGUCAAGGACUCGCCCGACCUCUGUGCCGCCGUCAAGGAUCUCCAGAUGGUGGCCUCUAUUCAUGUUUUGUUGUGAGCUCCAGGAUGAAGAAAUUGGAAGAAGCAAUGCAUGCUGGAUUUAGGCAUGCAUGCAUGCUCUAGUAUCCUGUGAUGCUCCUGAUUAUGAUUUAAUCGUACACUAAUCAUGCACGCAAAUGUGUACGAUCAAGAUCAGGGACUCACGAGAAUAUAUCACAAUACAACUAUGCAACAUAAAUAAGUCAUACAAGCAUCAUAAUACAAACCAGGGGCCUCGAGGGCUCGAAUACAAGUGUUCGAUCA